CACGGGUUGACAGUUGAAAGCUCUGUCGAAGCUGUCAACGGGGAGAAAGCUGCAGUGUUUUCUGUUUCACGCAAAUAAUGCUUCGCUUGGACAUCGCUGUAGUUAACUCGUACAACACCGUCUAAAGGCCAUACCACAAACAUGAAUGGUACAGUUUGCCAGAUUACUCUGACUACUGAUCCAGGAACCCCCUACUACCUGCGAGUGGACUGGGCUGCAGACCUGGGUGCUGGGUUCACAUUAGCUCUCACAGAUGGAAGCUCAGCAUGGAUUGGAGAAGUUUCAGAGGAUGAGGUGACAAGGGAAGCCACUGACAUGGGAGUCACGAGGGAGAGAUAUGUGGGGGAUCUUCUUGAAGCGCUAACGAAAAGUGAAGAAAGAAGAAGAGGAGGAGGGAGGAGAGGAGACGACGAGGAGGUGUAUGCUUUCCACCUCACUCCAGAUCACUGUCGUUUCUCCUAUCAGAAAAUCUGUAAGGACAUUUCGGUGCACUUGGGCUCUGUGGAGCUCCAGCCAUCUCCCAACCCUCUAGAGCUCACCCGUGAGAUGAUUGGCCAGUCCCUAAAGCGCAGCUUAAAUCUGGAGACUGAAAACUCCCAGUUGUUGGAGGAGAACCGCAGACUGAAACAGGAUCACCAGCGAAUACUUAGAGAGCUAAAGCAGCAGGUUCAAGAUAAGGAGGCGUUAGAGAGAGGGCUGUACUCACGUUUUGUCAUGGUGCUAAAUGAGAAGAAGGCAAAGAUCAGAAGCCUGCAGGAUGCUGUUCGUCAGCUCCACCAGAGCGAUGACCAGCAGGGAGAUAAGGGGCAACAGAGUGACAAUGAUGCAAGUCAAGGUGAAGAAGGGAGCCAAGACAGAAGAGAGGAGACAAGUCAGAGCAUCCAUCCAUCUCAGGAACCAACUGUCCUCAUCACAGAUCGUAAUUUGGAGUGGCAGGGCAUCUCUAUUGACCCGACUUUUUCGGAUGAGGAGGACGAACAACCGAGACGGAAGCAAAGGUUGCCUCACGCCCUGAGUUCAGACUCAUCUCAAGAGCAAUAAAACAGCAGGUUGUGUAAUACCUUCUGUACUGCCAUAAAGACUUUGCCCAGAUGCGUUAGCAGUCAUGUGAUAAUACACACUUCAGUCCCUCGGUGCUUUCUAAGGAACUGAUGAUGUUUCUGCUAACGACUUGGAGAACAUGGUAGAGGAUCUGAACCAGGAAUAUGGAAGCAAUUUCUUAAGAGCUUGACUUCGCCCUUAGCUUGAAAUUGUCUGCCAAGCCCCUGAGCCUCAGCCCCAUGUGAGACUGAAGAAAGAGCAACAACUACUGAGGGACAUCAUCCUACACCCAGAAAACAGGGUGUCACCAACAAGGAACCGAAGCUGUUUUGUUGCUGCUCAUUCAUCAUGCCUUGCUGAUGUUUUCCUCCCUCUUUUCAUUAUGAAAAUAAACUAAACGCUGUCUCUUUCAUUUCCACUUUCUAAACUAGCAUUUUGCAAAAGAUAAUUUGACCUCCCCCCUUUUUCCUUGUUUUUAUCUGCUCUUUUAUUCUGUAGGCCCAAACUACCUGCUGCAAAUUUUCUAGAGCGUUAAUAGGAUUAUGUCCUCACUUCUUCACCUCUGCAACCAGCUUUAGGUCCUGAGGUCAUCGCAGUGUGUCUUCACACUGACAGUAAUGAACCUAUGGAGACCUGUUCAUGGUCUUUAUUUGACCAUUCUACCUUUGGCUUCUGGACCUCCUGGCUGUCUUUUAUCAUGCUGAUGAUACCUUUAUGUCUGCUGAAGACCACGGGUGGCCGCCAGGAUAAUCCCACAACACGUUCUUGCUGGUUUAGUAAUCCCCAAAAGAAUGUCACACUCUCCUCUAUACAUCCCAUCAAUAAAGUAUUCUGCAAAGGGGAGCAGAGAGAGUGUCAAAGGGUAAUUUACAGAUGAGUGCAUGACAGCGUGCCAUGGAGGAUGGGAUAAAGGGGGAAAGAUAGGAGACUACACUGAAUAUUUCAGUGGUUCAAUUUAUAGGUUUGAUGUAGAAUAUUCUAAAAGAAGAUUUAUUUUUUGACUUUGUUUUUGAAUAAAUCUGGUCACCAGUUUUUGCAUUGCUAAUUGCAUUUGCAAAUGCACAUUUUCAACCAGCUGAUAUUUGAUUGAGAAAUAUUUCCUGGAAAUGUUUUUAAAACAUUUGAAGGAGAAACGUUAUGAUUGUUUUUGUAAAUGUACGAAAUGGAUAUGACAUUCUCAAAAUGUCCACAAAACAUGUAAAUGUCAACCUGACUUGAAUAAACAUUUGACAUUG